AGGAGGAGGGGGGUGGAGAGGCUGCCUUUCCUAGGGCCUUCGUCAGAGCGAAGUGGUCAGGAAGAGCCGCAGCCAUUCCACCCGGAGAGCAGCGGGGCACUGGGGCAGGAGCCACGGGAUCGCACCCCUCCACGGCAGACAAGAUGAAGGAGCUCUUCCUCCUCUUCUUCCUCGGGCUCAUCACCAGCUCCUUGCAGAUUGAAGACAACAAGAUCCCUGGUCUGUGCUCAGGGCAGCCGGGGAUCCCGGGGACCCCGGGCCUGCAUGGGGGCCAGGGUCUGCCAGGCAGAGAUGGACGAGAUGGCCGGGACGGAGCGAUGGGGAUGCCCGGGGAGAAGGGCGAGAUGGGCCCUCCUGGAGCGCCCGGUCCCCGCGGGGAGGUGGGCAGCCCCGGCGUGGAUGGCAUGCACGGUGAGAAGGGGGCACAGGGCGAGUGCGCGGUGGCCCCCCGCUCAGCCUUCAGCGCCAAGCGCUCCGAGUCGCGCAGCCCGCCGCUGGCCGACCAGCCCAUUCGCUUCGACGUGGUGCUCAUCAACGAGCAGGGCCACUACGACCCUGCCACUGGCAAGUUCACCUGUGAGGUGCCUGGCCUCUACUACUUUGCUGUCCACGCCACCGUCUACCGCGCCAGCCUGCAGUUCGACAUCAUGAAGAACGGCCAGUCCAUCGCCUCCUUCUUCCAGUACUAUGGGAACUGGCCCAAGCCCACCUCGCUCUCAGGGGGUGCCCUGGUCCGCCUGGAGCCUGAGGAUGAGGUGUGGGUGCAGGUGGGCGUAGGGGACUACAUCGGCUUCUACGCCAGCGUCAAGACGGACAGCACCUUCACCGGCUUCCUCGUCUACUCCUACUGGCAAAACUCCGCUGUCUUCGCCUGACCUGCCCUCGGCUGCGGCCGGGGCCAGGGCACGUGCUCCUUCCCAGCCACCCUGGGGAGGCUGACACUGGGGUCUGGCUGUGUGGGAGCCGGGAUACCGGGCCCCCCGCCCCACCGCGCUGCUGCUGCCCGGUGCAGGGCAGGAACGCAGCCCCUCCACCGCCCCAGGGGUGGCAGGGAGCACCCCUUCAGCAGCGCUGUGUAUUAUCUCUAUUAUCAGUGCUCAGUAUUAUCUCCGGCACCCAGCUCUGGGGCAAGACGCCCGUGCUGAGGAGUCGCAAUAACCUGGUUGUCGUAUGUUACUCGCCAUAGCCCCCUCGGCACGCAACAUAGCCCCGCCGGCCCGUGCUGCCAGCUUCUCCCUGCACGCAGAGCGAGCCCAAGGCUGCCCGGCCGCUGGCACGGCGAGGGGCCCGGUCCCACCGCGGUCCUGGCACGCCCCAGGGCUAGCGGUCACCCCGGCUCCCUGCCCUCCGGCCGCCCCGCUGCCCUCCCUUCCUCCUUCACCCUCAAUA